AUGGCAUCAUCACCCCUGCACUAUGGACGAUCAGCCAGGGAUAUUGCCAAUGUCAUGCAGAGACUGCAAGGUGGGGGGGGUUCUAGGAGAAGUCUGGAUCACAAGAUGGCACAGAGAUCAGGAGGAGACGGCACCCCGAAUAAGAAAACGUCCCUCAACCUGGUCACAGGGUUCUUUCACUACCUCCGUGAUGAGCAAGAGGCAGUGCAGAAGAGGACGUUCACUAAAUGGAUCAAUUCCCACUUGGCAAAGCGUGUCCCGUCCCUGGUGGUGACGGACCUGUUUGAGGACAUCAAGGAUGGGGUGAUGCUGCUGGCCCUGCUGGAGGUCCUGUCUGGACAGAAGCUGCCAUGUGAGCAGGGGAGGAAGCUGCGGAGGAUCCACUGGGUCUCCAACAUCGGCACGGCGCUCAACUUCCUGGAGGGCAGAAAGAUCAAGCUAGUCAACAUCAACUCGACUGACAUCGUCGAUGGAAGACCAUCUAUCGUACUGGGGUUGAUUUGGACAAUAAUCCUCUAUUUCCAGAUAGAGGAGUUGACCAGUAACCUGCCAGCGCUCCAGGCCCUCUCUAGCAGCACCUCCUCAGUGGACAGCUCAGACACCACCAGCCCGCCUGUCAAGAGGAGGCCCCUCCCCCCGCUGCAUGGUGGGGCCAGGAAGGCCCUACUCAGAUGGGUCCAGCAGACCGCCACCAAGCAUCUGGGGAUCGACGUGAAAGACUUUGGGCCGAGCUGGCGUACAGGUGUGGCAUUCUUCGCAGUGAUCCUCUCUCUUCGACCCCACCUGGUCGACAUGGAGCGUGUGCGGAGGAGAGCCAAUCGAGAGAACCUGCAGGAAGCCUUCUCAUUGGCCGAGACUGAGCUGGGCAUUCCGCAGCUACUGGACCCAGAAGAUGUGGAUGUUGACAAACCGGAUGAGAAGUCCAUCAUGACGUACGUGGCCCAGUUUCUGAAGCACCACCCCAACCCUUGUCAACAGCAGAACAGUGACUCGGACUCCCAGCCAGAGGAAGAGAGAGAGCAGCGUAAGGGCCUGAGGGAGCUGAAGACCUGGCUGGAUCAGCUGGAGCUAGACACAGCACGUACUCAGGAGACCAAGGGCAACCUCAGCCAGCAGUAUCAGUCCUUUAAGAGUGUACGUGUCCAGUUGGAGAUGAAUAGGAAGCAGGUGGAGGCAGCGAUCCUGUCCACUCAGAAGGAUGGGAUGUUGACCGUGGACCAGGCUCUGGUUAAACAGGCCUGGGACAGAGUGUCCAACAGGCUCCUAGGGUGGCACCUGCAGCUGGACAGGGCUCUGCCCGCCCCCCUUGGUGUGGUGGGGGAGUGGCUGCACCAGGCUGAGGGGGCACUCCGACAGGAGAUCACUAUUCAACAGACAUCUGACGCGACAUCUAACACUGUCCACAUGACCCUGGAGCAACACAAGGACAUGCUCAAAGGUCUUGAAGGUCACCAGCAGGUCUUCCAGAGGAUCCAUAAAGACAGAAGUGUCAACGGAGUCCCUGUCCCCCCAGAGCAGCUGCAGGACAUGGCAGAGAGAAUGAACUUUGUAUCGACUUCGUCAAACAUUCAUCUGGCCAAGAUGGAGUUCUGGGAGAAUAAACACCACAUGCAGGCGUUCCUGAUGCUGGCAGAGUCCAAGCUCAAAUCCUGGAUCAUCAAAUAUGGCCGACGAGAAUCAGUGGAGUUAAUGUUACAGAACUAUGUUUCAUUUGUUGAGGGACAGCAGUUCUUUGAGCAGUACGAUACAUUGUUCCAGACUCUGAAACAGUCUUCUGAGCUCUAUGUCAAGGCUGAUGGCACAGUGGAUGAAGGCGAGGCGGGGGUUAGGAGGUUCAUGCGGGAGGUGUUGACCCAGUGGAGGAGUCUGUCUGUGGAGGUGCGCAGUGUAAGGAGCAUGCUGGAUGAGGUGCUCUCUAACUGGGAGAGGUACAGCUGCACUGUGGCCUCUCUACAGGCCUGGCUUGAGGAUGCAGAGGGAGCACUCAGCCAGCCUGAAAACAUCAAACGGGAGUUCUUCUGCAACCUUUCUCAGUGGAUGGAUCAGCACUCUGUGAUGAACGACGCAGGGAACUUCUUGAUUGAGACAUGUGACGAGACUGUGUCACGUGACCUGAAACAGCAGCUUCUCCUGCUCAACGGGAGGUGGAGGGACCUGUUUGUCAAAGUCAAACAGUACGCCCGUGAAGACGAGCUGGACAAGUGGAGGAGGGACCACAUGAGGGCCAUCUCUGCCCUGAGGGAGCUGCUGGACGGUGCAGAGGUGAAGCUCAACGCCCCUGUACAGGUCUCCUUCCUCAACAUCAGGUCUUUCCUACAGGAUGUGGAGAACACCAAGAAAAAGGUUGUUGCCAUGGAGACUCAGUACAAGUUGGCUGCCCGCAGUGCCCAGCUCCUGUCCAAGGAUGCCCCGCAGGAGGAGGGCGCCAAGGCCAUGGCUACCAUGACAACGGUCAAAGGUCAACUCAGUAAGGUGAGGGAGAGGUGCCCUUCUCUGGUGAGGGAGUGCCAUGGACUGCUCCCCCUGCUGGAGGAAAUGGAGAAGCACAUCACAGGCUUCUACCAGGCUCUGGAGAGGGCCAGCCGGAUCACUGCAGCAGGCAGAGACCCAAAGCCACAGGCCGAGGUCCAGGGACAACACAAACACAAGUGGCAGGACCUCCUGAGCCAGCAGCAGAGCUGUAAGAUGUGUUUAUCUGUGAUUGAGAGGAACCUCCACUCCCUGCAGAGGACGCUCUCCUCCAGCAAGGCCCUGAGGAACUUCGACCAGACCUUCCUGCAGAAGAGAGUUUCCGAGAUUCAGACCUCUGCACAGGGUCUGUUGAAGGAGGUGGGGGAGUGGAGGAGGCAGGAGGAGGCCAACAACACCAUGAGGAGGAGGUUUGAGGAGUCUCGUCAGGAGCUGGAGAGAGUGCUGAAGGUGGCAACCACCUGCCUGAGAGAGGGGGGACACGCAGAGGAGCUGCUGAAAAAACAAAGCGAGUUCUUUGGGCAGCUAGACCAGCGGGUCCUGAGUGUGUUCUUAAAGGCCUGUGACGAUCUGACAGACAUCCUGCCUGAGGAGGAGCAGCAGGCGCUGCAGGACACUGUCAGGACGCUGCACAAACAGUGGAAGGACAUCCAGAUGGAGGCCCCGUUUCACCUGCAGCGUCUGAAGGUGGAGGCAGAGCGAGGCCGGGCAGGGGCCGUCCUACAGGAGUGCAGGGCGGAGCUGGCCAGAGAGAACCAAGCACUGACCACCACAGGCAGCGAGACAGUCAUCAGAGAACACAGGGCCUUCUUCAGGGAGAAAGCCCCUCUCAGUGUGUGUGAGAAGAGCAUAGGCAACAUGGAGGAACUCUGUCAGACACUCCUUGACAACGACCCGGCUAGACAAACCCUGGACUCCACCAGGAGGGCCCUGGCAGACGUCAAAGGUCAGAUAGAGGCCACCCACCUGAAGCUGCAGCAGCACUCCCAGUGGAGGGAGUGGAAUGACAGGUUCUCAGAGCUCUCUGAUUGGCUGUUGUCUCAGAGAAGCCAGGUGAAGCUCCUGAGGGAGAGAGCCAGAGAUUACUCCCACCAGGAACAGGUGGAUACUACUGUCCAGGAGCUCCAGAGGGCAGCAGAGGGGCAGGAGGAGAGUCUGUCCUGGCUGAAUAGUCGUCUGGCUGUACUGACAGAGGUCAGUCCUGAGGUGGAGGCUAUUAGACAGAGGGCUGCCCUGGCCAAACUCUCCUCUGACCUCACCGCCCUCCUCUCCUCUCUCGUGGAGUGGGGUCAGGAGGGGUCUGUGAGGGUCCACAGUGAGGAGCUGAGGGAGGAUGUGCGUUGUGCUCUGGAGGAGGUUCUCAGGGCUCGGAGGGAGGCUCAGGAGCAGACCAGCAGGAUCCUGGAGGCAGAGAACCCAGAGAAAGCCAGGCAGCUGCUCCUCAUACACCAGCAGCACCUGAAGCGUCUGCAGACCGACAGGAAGAAGGCAGAGCUACUAGUUGCUCACUGUCGCCAGCUGCAGAAGGCGGAGGGGCUUAGUAGCUCACUACGGGAACUAGAGGGUGCUUUCAGAGAGGUGGACCGCAAAGUAGGGGCCCAGGAGCACAAUCUGCAGGCGACUCUGGGUGCGUGGCAGGAGUUUGACGCAGAGAGAGAGGCAGUGUGGCAGUUUGUCAGCAGUACCAGCCUUGUCUUACAGAGGGAACUCAUCUUCAGCAGCCUGGACAGCCUCAGGACUGAGCUGGGGUGUACCAAGGGGCUCCAUAAGAAGAGUGGGGAGUUUGUGGUACAGACAGACUCCCUGUCGAGGAAAGCAGCAGAGAUCCAGUUGGGUCCUGAGAACCAGACCCUCCUACAGCAGCAAGCCCAGCAGGCCACACAACAAGUCACACAACUGGAGGCCAGCCUCAAGAAGAAUGUUGACCUGCUGGAGAUGGUGUGUGUUUGGUGGGAGCGUUUCAUCAGGGAGUCAGAGGCCUUCUCCUCCUGGAUCUCAGAGAGGGAGCGAGAGCUAGACACUGUAGACUCCAACUCCUCCUCAGACCCCCUUGAUAAACACAUCAGCACAGUGGAGUCUGUUGGAGCAAGACUAGAAGAGCGGGCAGCCAUUUUGUCCCACCUGGAGGCGGAGUCAGAGGCUCUGUCAGGGUUUGUGACCCCUGGGGAGGCUGGGCGUAUCCGGGCGCGGCUUGCUCAGAUGGAGCGGUACUGGGAGGAGCUGAAGGAGAGCGUAGAGCAGCUGGGGGGACAGCUCAACCAGAGCGCCACCUGCAGGCAGAGGUUUAACGACAACCUGGAACAGAUGAAGACAACGAUGGUUGACCUCAAAGAGAAGCUGGACAUCACCAUCACCUGCUGUACAUCCUCCUCAGAGACCUACAGAGUUCUCCAGGACCAUAUAGACGUAGUCCAGGCGUUGGAGCAGCUGAAGCCCAGGCUGGUGGCUCUGUGCUUGUGUAAAAAGAGGCUGGGUAAAGGGGAUCUGCUGGAGGGAGAGGUGGCUAACCUCCAGAAGGACCAGGGAGAAUACAUAGAGCAGGCUGCAGAGAAACAGGCUACACUGGAGACACUGCUGGCACUAUGGCAAAAGUAUGAGAAGGAGAGUUCCAGUCUCAGGUCCUGGCUGCAGCAGCUGCAGACACACCUGUCUCAGGUGGAGCUCUUUGACGAGGCCCUGCUGACCCUCACCCAAUGGAGCGAGAACUUCCUGUCUGUACUCAGAACGACUUCCCAGGUCAACAUAGCUGACCUGCAGGCUGCUGUCACCCAGGUCAAGGAGCAUGAGGAGUCCCUCCAGGAGCAGACAGCCCUGAGAGAGACUCUGCAGCAGAGAGAGUCCUCCCUCCUCUCCUUCUCCUUCACAGAGGCCCAGCAGCAGCUCCAGGGCCAGAGGGAGGACUGCCUGCAGCCCCUCAGCGAAGCCCAACACCUGCUCCUUCUCCGUGGGGAGAGCCUGGCUGAGCUGGGAGUCUUCCUCCAGAGCCAUGGAGCUGCAUCCGGAGCGGUCAGGGGCCUCCGGGAGGCUGUGGAGGGCAGGGGGAGCUGGGACCGUUCGAAGGCUGAGGAGCUGCACCACGGGCUGGGAGAGGUGGCCGGGGAUGUGGCCCGUCUGGAGGCCCAGGCAGUGGGGUUGGAUGGGAGGCUCAGCAAGGCCCACCUCCACCUGAGUGGGGCGGAGUGGAAAGGCUCCAGGGAGGGUGGUCUGGGUCAAGGUCCCGGCCAGGGGAGGACGUCGUGCAGGGGCCAGGCUGUGGCCCUCAUGGUGGCCCUGGAGGGGGUGCAGCGAGGCCUGGGGUGGAGGCAGAGCCAGGCGGAGGCCCUGGGGGCACUGUGGACCUCCUUCAGGGAGAGGAGGGAGGAGGUGAUGAGGAGUCUGAGGGAGCUGGAGGAGAGGGCCAGCCAGGAGGGGGCCAGAGAGAGCAGCGUACAAGCCUUUCAGAACAGUCUGCGAUUCUUUGUCCAGUUGGAGGAUGAGCUUCAGUCUCUGCAGCAUUCCCAGCAGUGGCUGAGGGAGAGGGGAAGCCAGCUGGCCCAGAGAGACAGUGAGCUGGCUGGGGAGGCACUCAGGGAGGUGGGCCUGGUGGAAACAGCCUGGGAGAACGUCAGGAAGAUCAUCACUGAUGGUCAGGAGCAGUGUGGCCUCCUGGUGGAGCUGCUACGUCACUUCCAUUCCCUCAGGUCCACCCUCAGUUCCACUGUAGAGAAUGCCUUGACCGUCACUCACAACCAGCCUGACCACAACCACAACCCAGAGGAGGCCAAGAGAAUACUCUCACGGCACGAGGCAGUGAUAGCUGAGCUGAGAGGAAGACAGGAGGACAUGGACCUGUUCAUCAGUUCAGGAGAGUACCUGCAGAGAGAGCUGGCGAACGUGCCACACUGUGGCUCCAACAGCAUCCAGAGAGGCAUGGACACACUCAGGGACCAGUGGCUGCAGGUAUCAGAGAGGAUCCAGACCAACGCUGAGAGACUAGGCCAUUGUGUGUCCCUAUGGGAUGACCUUAAGACCAUGGAACGGGAUAUUGACCAAUGGGCGGCAGCCUCCAUCGCUGACCUCACUGAGGGUGUGGCCAAUCUUAGUGACAAGCAGGGAACAGAGACACACCUUGCCACUUUCCAGGCGGAGGUGGAGAGGAGAGAACAGAGGCUGGAUGCCCUGCAGGAGAGGGUGACCAAGCUCAAGGACCUGGCCAAGCUCCAGGAGACACCCAUCCAGCUGCAGGUGGUGGAGUGUGACCUGAGGAAGAAGAUCAGUCAUGCCCAGGAGGUGUUUGACCAGGCCAGACAUUCUCUGACCUACUUCAGCUUCCAGAAGCAGCGCCUGGAGGACCUCAUGUCCCAGAUGGCCGAGCGGCUGGAGACCGUGGAGAGCUCCCUGUCUGACCUGACGGAACCCUCCGGACCAGAGGAUAUGAUUCGAGUCAAGGAUCUCCAAAGUGCUCUCCAGCAGCAGAGGGGUGAUAUAGACAUGGCCAGGGAGACACUUGGUUCACUCUGUAGGUCCCACCCCUCCCAAGAGCUGACCCAUAUGUCCUCUGACCUCACCCUGCUGGCCAAGAGGACUGAGGCUGCAGCCCAGCUCAGCUCCAGGACCCGCGGGACUCUGCAGGACGCACUGCAGCUACGUUUCAACAAGGUCGUUCAAGAGUUUAACUCCUGGCUCUCUGAACGGAAGGCGGAGCUAAAAGAAUGUUCUGACCAAUCAGGAGAUGUCACCUCCCUGGGAACCAAGGUGGAGAGGCUAAAGGUGGCGCAGGAGCAUGUGGAGGAGGGCGAGCAGCACCUUGGCCAGGUGUGUGGCGAGGCAGAGAGGCUGCUGCUCCACCUGCCUAAGGUGGGGUCGGGACAGGUGCAGGAGCGCCUCUCCUCCUGCCAGAGGGACUGGGAGGGGUACAAGAAGGGGUGCAGACAGACCCAACAAGACCUGGAGGAGGGAAUCACCCUACUGACAGAGUUUGAGGGCCGUGUGGAGGGACUAGGGGACUGGCUGGAGCAGAUGGAGCGUAGCCUGAAGAGAGAACCUCCUCUGGGGGGAGAGGAGCAGCCAGGAGUCCCUGACAGCACUGACGAGCUGGAAAGAGUGGAGGAGAUCCACAGAAAGCUGCUGACAAAGAGGAGUUCUCUGGAUCGUCUCAGCCAGGAGGCCCAGUCUCUUCGUGAGGCAGGUCGAGGCUGUGGAGGGGAGGUGAAGGCCACAGCCCAGCUCCAGACCCACCACCAGACCUUGCUGCAGGGGACUAGGGAGCGCCUGAGAGGGUGCCUGGAGAGCCAGGCAUUCGGAGAGACCCUGCAUGGGGUGUGGCUUUGGCUGGAGGACAUCCAGGAGCGGCUGGGAAGUCUGGGGAGCACUAUGGGCAACAAAAAGGAGCUGGAAGAGAGGCUGGAGCAAGUGCAGGACAUCCUGCUUCUGAAGGGUGAGGGCGAGGUGAAGCUGAACAUGGCGGUGGGGAAGGGUGAAUUGGCCAUCAGGAGCAACAGUGCGGAGGCGGGACAGGAAGUGAUCCGCUCUCAGCUGCAGGAAGUGGAGGACGUGUGGGCCACGCUGCUGGUGACCGCCAUGAGCUGCCACAGUCGUCUGGAGUGGACGGUGGCCCAGUGGGGGUGUUACCUGGACAGUGAGGCCCAGCUGCAGUGCUGGUUGGAGGCAGUGGAGGGGGACAUAUGUGGCCCUCUCAUCCCCCAGCCUGGCCUCAGAGAGAAGGCUUCCCAGCUGGAGAGACUGCAGACCCUGCUGGCUGACCUCCAGGAACACCAGGGGUCCCUAUCCAGUCUGGAGGAGAGGGCGGCAGAGCUCUUCAAGAAGACCGGGGAUGCAGCUUUCAGCCAGGAGGCCCGCGCUGAGUUGCAGGGGCAGUUUGAUGACCUCAUAGCACUCGUAGAGGAGAGAGUGAGACUAUCAGAGGGCGUGGUCAGGGAACAUCAGCAGUACCUGAAGACUGUGAGGGAGCUCACUGAUUGGCUGAUGUCAGCAGGGGAGGAACUACAGCGCUGGUCUGAUACAUUGGGAGACUCCAUCUCUUUACAGAGGAGGCUAUCAGAAGUGCGGGAGCGGGUGGAGUGUCGGUUGCUGGAGGGCCGUGAUCGUCUCAGUCGCGUGCGUCGGAGCAGUGGAGCCACAGCUGAACACACAGCGGCUGGAGGGUGUGAGGCCAUGGACCGCCAGCUAGGGGCGCUAGCCCAGGCUCUGGAGCAGUGGGAGGGGGCCGCCCUGAGAGCCCGCGACGGCCUGGAAAGGGCCCUCACCACGGCAACAGAGCAGGAGCAGGAGUACGAGCGUCUGACCGCCAGGAUGGAGGAGGAGCUUAGGGAGCUUGAUGGGCGGCUAAAGGGGUGGAGCCAGGAGCUGAGCAGAGCGGAGGGAAGGAGCAGUGGGGAGGAGGCAGUGGAGGGGUGGCAGCAGGCUAAGAAGAUACUGGAGGGCUUGCUGAGUGCUGAGCCCAUGGCGGACAGGCUGAAGGCUCAACUCAAUGACCUGGUCCGCUACUCCAGAGACCUGGGACCCCACUCAGACAGGGUCACUGCUCUCAUCAAACAACACAACAGUCUGAGUCUGCGUGCGUCCAGAGAGUGCCAGAAUAAGGAGCGUCUGCUGGAGCAGAGGUUCAGAGCAGCCCUCAGGGACUUCCAACAGUGGCUGGUCAACGCUAAGAUCAGCACGGCCAAGUGUUUCGACAUCCCCCAGAGUGUCACUGAGGCCUCCACUGGCCUACUGAGGAUACAGGAGUUCCUGAAUGACAGGGAGCAUGGCCAGGCCAGACUGAGUGCAGUGGGGACCAGUGGAGAGCUGCUCAUGGCUGUUGUGCCUAAAGACAGAGAAGAGGGGGUCAAGGCCAAGGUGGCUAACGCCAGAGACGACUGGAAGAGCCUCAUGACCAACCUUCAGAUGAGAGAGACUGCGCUAAAGAACCUGCAGUCUCAGAUGAGAGACUUUGAGGUCAGCACUGAGCCGCUCCAGGAUUGGCUGAACAGCACUGAGGUCAUAGUACAGGAGAGCAGCGCUCGACUACAUGACCUUCCGGCCAAGAGACAGGAGCUUAGCAAGUUACAGUGUGUGUUGGAGGAGCUGUCAUGUCGUGAGGCUGAGCUGGGCAAGCUGAGGGAGAGGGCCCACCGGCUCUGGGAGGGCCAGGCUGCAGGGAAGGGCUUCGUCCACCGUGUGUCCCAGCUGUCUGCACAGUACCUAGCCCUCAGCAACCUGACCAAGGACAAGGCCUCCAGGAUAGAGCGUAUCGUAGGGGAGCACCGUCUGUUCUCCCAGGGUCUGACGGAGCUCCAGAACUGGGUGUCUGAGGCUGAGAGGAUCCUGAACACCUGCCUCUCCCCCACCGCCGACAAGACUGUACUGGAGGACAGGAUGAUACAGCUGGAGGCCCUGUUGGCGGCCCGUCAGCAGAGGGAGAUCCAGCUGAAGAUGUUGCUGACACGUGGUGAGGCUGUCCAGAGGAACACCUCUGCUGAGGGGGUCCCCGUGGUCCGAAAACAGAUCCAGGACCUUAAGGACUCCUGGGACUCUCUGCUGUCCGCCUCUAUCCAGUGUAAAAGUCAGCUGGAGGGGGCCCUGUCCCAGUGGACCAGCUACCAGGAGGACGUGGGCCAGUUUAUCAUGUGGAUGGAGCGCGUGGAGGCCACUCUGGGCUGCUCAGACAGACAGUACUCUGAGAUGAGAGACAAGACCGCCAACCUGGGCAAGACCAAGCUUCUAUAUGAGGAGGUCCUGAGCCAUAGCAGUCCAUUAGAGACCAUCGCUACCAAGGGCUCCAACAUGGCUGAACAAUACACUACCCAUCAGGAGGUACACAGCCUACAGGAGAGAUACACCGCCAUCACAGACAAGGCCAAGGCUGCAGUCUACAAGGCUAAGGAUCUGGUCCUGGCCCAUCAGGAGUACCAGAGGGGGCUGCACAUGUUUGAAGACUGGCUGGAGCAGGAGCAGGGAACCCUGGGCUCUCUGUCCCACCCAGAGGGGGAUGUGGACACCCUGGAGAAUACACUACAGCAGAUACAGCUCCUCCAGGAGCGCUGCUCCCAGGGCCAGUCCCUGCUCUCUUCCCUGCUGUUAAGCAGGGAUGGGGUGAUUCCGUGGGGCGCGCCCCAGAUUGAGGACCGAGCCCUAGACACGGCACAGCGUGAGUGGGGGGCCUACCAGGCCCGGCUGGGGGAGACCAGGGCCACGCUGGGCUCUACCCUGGGCAGGCUCAGGCAGAUGGGCCAGAGGUUCCAGAGCCUGGCCCUGUGGCUGGAGGACAUGGAAGGGAAGCUGUGGCAGGAAGGUGUGCUAGCCCGGCAGAGCGAGGUGGAUGGGCUGUCUGCUCUGGCCCAGCAGGUCCUGGAGGAGACCCACAUCAGCAGCCGGGUCAGCACCAGAGCCACCCAGCUCACUGCCCGAUACCACGCCCUGAUUCUCAACAUACAGGAGACCAUCAAGCAGCUGAAGGAGGAGCUUGGGAGCAUCGAGGAGGCAGAGAAACUCUGUGUGUCCUUCUCUGAUUGGCUUAGAUCAGCCCAGAAUAACUUCAGAACCGUGACAGCCAGCACGGAGGCUCUGGACCGGGUUGCCAUGGAGAGGAAGAUGAAGAAAGUAGAGACUCUCCAGGCUGAGCUUCAGCAGGGCCAUGGCCUGCUCAAGGCCCUCAGGGAGCGGGCAGAGCGGGCUGCAGGCUUCCUGGAGGAGGCUGGAGCUGAGGGGCUGGGAGGGGAGGUGGAGGCCAGGCUAGCCCAACUGGAGGAGCUAGCCGGUGGGCUGCGGCAGGAGCACUGCACCCUGGAGAGGGCUGUGUGUCUGGCCAAGGAGUUCCAGGACAGGUACAAGGCCCAGGCCCAGUGGGUGGUGGAGACCAGAGCCAUGCUCAGUGCCCCCCUGGAACCUAAAGCUGAACUGUACCAGAAGAGAGCACAGCUGGCCAAGUACAAGGCCUUGUUGCAGACGGUCCAGUCCCAUGACUCGGCAGUGAGGUUGGUGGUGGAGAAGGGAGAGUCUCUGCUGCUUUCAGUCCAGUACCCCUCCAUCAGAGACAACAUGAACAGACUACAGACGGACUACACUGAGCUCUGCAACGCUGCCACUGCCCAUGUGCAGCGCCUGGAGGGCCAGGUGAAGGAGCAGGAAGUGUACCACGUGGAGCUACAGGAAGUGGAGAGGUGGCUGCUGCAGAUGUCCAGCAGGAUGGUGACCCCUGACCCCGCAGCUGGCGGAGGCCUGGAGGCAGCCACUCAGCAGCUGGCCAGUCACAAGGCCAUCAUGGAGGAGAUAGCAGGCUUUGAGGACCGCCUGGCUGGGCUGAAGGAGAGGGGAGAUGACCUGGUGGAGGGCUGCAGUGAGCGUGUGCAGAGCAGGCUGAGACAGCAGGUCCAGGCUCAGCAGCAAGGCACCCGAGACAGCUACUCUGCCAUCUGCAGCACGGCACAGAGAGUGUACCAGAGUUUGGACCGUGAGUUGCAGAGGCAUGUCAGUCUGCAGGAUGCUCUGCAGCAGUGUCAGACCUGGCUGGUGUCAGUCUCAGAGGAACCAGAGCCAACUGCACAUCUCCCUCUCAGCCUGGAGGAGGCGCUACAGCAGGUGAAGCAUGAGCGGACUCUCCAGGAGCAGGCCAGUACCUACCUACAGCUGGUGUGUUCUACCUGUGACCUUUCAGAGCAGAGGGUGAGGGAGACCGCCCAAGACAUCCAGCAGGUCAAACUACAGAUCGAGGAGAGGAUGCUGGUGUGUGAGGAGGUGGCAGAAAGCUGGAGGGACGUUCAGGAGCAGCGGGCUGAUCUGGAAGCUCAACUCAGAGAGACAGAGCAGCAGCUGCAGAACCUCUCCAGGAGACCGGCUGAACUGGAGCCCAAGAUCACCCAGAACCAACUAGAUCAGGCACAGGAGUUCCUCCAGCAGCUCAGAGUGAGGCAGGUCGACGUCACCCAGCUGAGUGAGGCUGUGGCUGGGCUGACGGAGGGCCAGUCCUCCCCUGCCCUGGAGGAGAUGGGAGGUCUGAGGAGGGCCUGGGAGGAGUUGGGGCAGAGGGCUGAGGAGCUGGAGGGGCAGAGGGGUGAGGACAUGCAGAGGAGCGGGGAGUACCAUGACUGUGUGGCUGCCGUGGAGGAACUUUUCCACCAGGUGUCCAGAGAGUGGGACUACCUGGCCAGGGCGGACACAGAGAGCACCAGUGAGCACCUGGAGGCUCUGAGAAAGCUGUGUUGUGACCUGGAGGACCAGAGAGGAACUCUAGAGGAGCUGAGGGACCAGAGACAGGCUGUCCUGCCACGCCUCAGCCUGCUGGACAAGGAGCUGGUCAAACAACAGGUGGGCCACUUGGAGAAGCGCUGGUCCCAGCUGGACAGCCUGAUCCAGGGGAAGAUCCAGGACUCUUCCCAGACUCUGGAGGACCUUGGUCGGGUGGAAGCCCAGCUGAGGGAGGCCCGGGAGUGGAUGGAGGAGCAGCGUCCUGCCCUAACAUCAGCCCUGAAGACCAGCCCUCCUCCAGACCUGGCCCAGAGCUUCCUGUUCGACCACCUGAGUGUGUGUGUGGAGCUGGAGGCCCGGGGGCAGCUGCUGGGCCAGGCAGUGAGCGAGGCCCAGCGCGUGGCCUCUAGGCUGGGGCUGAGCGAGAGGAGACGCCUGCAGGAGCUGGUACUCCAGGCCGAGGGAGAAGUAGAGGCACUGGGGGCCAGGGUGAGCCAGCGGAGGAAGUACCUCAGCAAGGCCUUCACGGAGCGGACCCAGUUCCUCCAGGCUGUGGGGAGGGCUCUGUCCUGGGUCCAGCAGCAGGAGAGGAAGGCUUUAAUGGACGACCACGUGGCUCUCCUCCCUGAUGACCUGACCAAGCAGGUGGUGACGUGCCGAGGGGUCCAGAGCGGUCUGCGGGCCUACCAGGGGGAGUUGGCCUCUCUGUGGGCCCAGGGUCGUGACCUGGAGAGGGACGCCACGGAUCAGGAGCGGGGGGAGACCGUGACCAGGCUGGAGGAGCUCCAGAGGGUCUUUGAGACGGCCUUCCAGAGAACCACCCAUCGCCUGCAGGACCUGGACAGAGCCCUGACCUCCAGGAAGUACUUCAAGGUCGACCUGGAUAGGACGUGUCACUGGCUGAGACGGGCAGAUGGCAUUACGUUCCCCGAGAUUGACUUCACCUGCAACGCUGAUGACGAUUUGGAACUACAGGGUCGACUGGCGAAGUUCCAGAACGUUCUAGAGCAGGCGUCGGAAUACGAGAAUCUCCUACUCAUCGUCCAGAGGGUGGGGCAGGAGAUUCUCCCCUCGCUAAACGAGGUAGACCACUGCUACCUGGACGAAAAGCUCAACGCCCUCCCUCAACAAUACAACAGCAUCCUAGCGUUAGCCAAAGAGAAGAGGGACAGGAUCCAGCAGGCUAUCCUAGAGAGAAAGGACUACGACUGCUUCUUCAACGUCACUUGUAGAGCAUUGGAGGAGCUUCAGGAGCAGUUAGACGGUUUAGCGAUACGGACAGUCAGUAUUCAAGAACAGGAAGUUGUUCAUCUCCGUGACGACCAUAGAGAUCUGUCUGAAAGCCUGGCUCAGCUCAGCCCUGCGGUGAGAGAGCUGAGGAGGAAGACUGAGGGGUUUCUCAGCAGGGGCCAACGAUGCCAUGCUGAGGAGACAGAACAGCUGGUUAACCUCCAUGACAAUCUGAAGAGGACCAUUAACCAGAGACUGAAACAUCUUGACGACUCAUUGAAAACAUUGGCAGAGUAUAAUGCAACAUCAGCAAAACUAGACUCUGAGUUGAAGUCAGUGAAAGAGCAGUUCACUAGAAUGAAGUCAGACUCAGACACCAAAUUAGGUGGCACAGAGAGACUGACAAAUCUUUACACACUGCUGGAAGAUCUGGAAAGGAUGGGCUCUCACCUGGAGAGACUCACCCAACAUACAGAAGACCUGGGAUUGAACUGUGAUCCUGCCGCCAUCCAGGCCUCCAGAGAGGUAGUGACCUCGCAUCACAAAGAGUUGCAGUCCGUAAGGUCGGAAGUAAAAGAUUGUGUUACAGAAUGUGAAAACUGUCUCAAGAAGGACAAAGAAUUUGAGAAAGAGAUUGGGCGGACAUCAGAUUGGCUGAAGAGUCUGAGGAAGAAGCUUGGGGAACCAUUGACCCUUCCAGAGGUGAAAGUUGAGAUGGUAGAGGAGGAGGUCAGGAGACUGAAGGUGGUAGAGGAAGAGGUGCAGUCCAGACUGAGGGUAGCAGAUGCCAUGGGCAGCAGGGAGAAGCAGAGAUUCAGCAGUAGAAAUGAGGCCUGUCCUGCCCAUGUGGAGGCUAACCUGGAGGAGCUGGUUAAACUGAGGGCUGACGUCCAACAAGCACUUAGAACCAAGCAGCUGAGCCUGGAUCAGACUCUGUCCCUGGUCCAGAGGCACCAAUCCACCCAGCAGUCAGCCCGCAAGUGGCUUGACGAAGCUGGGGCUUUUCUCCAGAGAACCACCCUGGGAAUAGAGCUGGAAAACCAGACAGAGAGCCUCAGGGAGCUGGAGGAGAUCUCAGCCCAGGAACCGGCCUUCAUGGCUAAACUAGAUGAGCUGGAGACCCUGGGUGCUCAGCUGGAUGGUCUGGUGGGGCUGGGAGUGACGAAGGAGAUGAAAGAAAGUGAAAGAAAGAAAGAAGGUGUGGAGGUAAUGCGACAGAAGGGGUCAGAGGUCAAUGAGCAGCUGAAGGGUUACCGGGAGGAUCUGCAGAGCUGUGCUGCUCAGUGGAGCUCCUUCCAGACGGAGAGAGAGGAGCUGAUUGGACAGAUGAAUGAAACAGGAAGUAUGAUGACUGCGUUCCCCUCGGCUAAGGCAGCCAAUAGCCAGGAGGCUGAGGACAAACUCCAGAGUUACAAGUCUCUGUUGAUUCUGAUUGAUGGGUGUGAACCCACCCUGACUGGCCUGAAAGAGAAGGCCACAGAUUUGGCUCUGGUUGGGUCUGAGUCCAGCAAAGCUGCUAUUGGUCACUCUGUGUCAUCUUUAUGGCAACGUUGGACCCGCCUGUGCAGCGUGGCGCGAGCCCAGGAGAGAGCUCUGGAGGACACAGCUCGGGAUUGGAGGAGCUUCAGGGAGAAGAUGGAGAAGGUACGGUCUGUGUCAGUAGACCUUCAUGCUCGUGUGCCAGACAGCACAGUGGAGAAGGCAGCCACCAGGGCGGCGCUACAGAACCUGUUGGAAUACCAUGACUCCUUCAGCCUGGAGGUGGAGAGAGAGCAGUCAGCCCUGGCCCUGCUGGGGCAACACACACUCAGCCUGAUAGGAGAGGACCAGGAGGAAGAGGAAAUGGAGAUGGAGAAAACUGACAAGACUAGAGAAGAGACACCCUGUCUGAAGGAGAUCAGGAGUAUGCUGGAGAUGUAUGAGAGCCUGGUGCUGCAGGUGCGUGGUAGCAGAGCCCAGGUGCAGCAGGAGCUGAGGGAGAGGGAGGAUGUGGAGAGGGAGCUAGGACUGGUGAAGGGAUGGAUCCAGGACACCAGGGGACUGCUACUGAGCCCUUCAUCUGACCUGGACUCACUGCUGCAUGAGCUAGAGACAGCCCAUGGUGAGGUCAUCAGUAGGCGCCAGAGUGUGGAGAGGAUGGUGGAGCUGCAGCAGAACAAGUAUCAGGACCUCCAGACAGCCCUGCCCUCUGAACUGAGCAUGCAGCUGGCUGAGGUGACACUCGCCCUGGGCUCCGCUGAGGACCAGGUCCAGUCGAGGGAGAGAGAGGUGCAGCAGACCAGAGAUGUGAAGGAGGACUUUAGUUCCAGACUGCAGGACAUUGAGGGGAAGUUGAAGACCAUCUCUCUGAAGAUCAGUGAGAAGGCUACCGACCUGGAGCAGGCCAAGGAGGAAACCAAAUGUCUGUGUGAAGAGUGUGAGGGUUGUGGUCGCUCCCUGGCUGAGCUGGUUGUAGCAGUACAGGAGUUUGGGGACCAGAACCCUCUACUGUGUAAGCAGCUGGGAGACGCCCUGUCCAGACUGGCUGAGGUCCAGCGCCUCACCACACAACAGGCCCAGGAACGGGCCAACCAACUACACAAGGCAGAGCAGCAGCUGGAGGAGUAUAAGGGGAUGAGGCAGUUCCUCCUGGGCUGGGCUGAGAAAGCAGAGGCCCUGGUCACUGGCAACAUAAUCUGGAGCUCCGCCUCUCAGCUUCAGGAUCAAAUCAGAACCCACCAGGCGGUGCUGCGAGAGUGUCGUGGUCUCCAUGGUGAUCUGGAGGCCAUGGGGGAAAGGGAAGGGCAGCUGGGGGAGGUGCUACAGACGGAGGGGUGGAGCCAGCAGGUGAAACAACUGAGCAGAUGCACCGAGGAGCUGCAGCAGAGCGCAAAGACACGCCUCCAGAGCCUGCAGGAUGCCGCCAAGGACAUGGUUCGUCUGGAGGCUGAGGUGAAGACCCUGCAUGACUCUCUGGACCAGGCCCAGCUCACACUCACCUCUCCUGACCUAGCACGACUCAGCCUUAGGGAGCAGCUCACACACAGACAGCGUCUUUUGGUGGAGAUGGAGGCCUUCAAGCAGCAGGUGCAGGCGGUGCAGCUGUGUCAGAGCGCUCUCCGGCUGCCGGAGGAGGUAGUGGCCAGCCUGUCCAUCUGCAGAACAGCCCAGAGCCUGCAGCAGGAGGCCAGCCAGCUGCAGCACACCACCAUCCAGCAGUGCAACAUCCUACAGGAGGCCGUGGUGCAGUAUGAGCAGUAUGAGCAGGAAGUGAGGAACCUCCAGAGGCUGAUAGAGGAAGCUCACCGCAUCAUACAGGACCGACCCGUUUCAACCAGUAACAUACAUGAACUACAGGCCCAGAUACACCACCAUGAGAUGUCUUGA